AGUAAAACUAAAGAAUAAGAAGUUAGCUGACAGCUAGCGUUAAGUUCGUCAGUAAUGUAAAGUCCGCUGUGACCAACGUUUGCUUACAUGGCAAGAAGAAAGGUCAUGAUGGCCCGCUUCCUGUAUGCUGAUUAAGAUGUUAAUAACGUUGUGCUACGUCUAUCUGUGGGUGCGCUUUCACAAGUGCUACUCGGUGCUGAUCCGCAACAGCCUGUCCAGACUGAACAGCAGCAGCUUCAGCUUCAGACUCUGCCCCAGCUCGGCCUCAGCACCAAACACAGCUUCGCUGACCGGACGCCACCCAGCCGGACGGCGGUCCAGCCCGGUUCCACCCGAAGACAACGUCUUUCUUCAGCUGGGAGACAAGGCUGUCUAUGUCACGGAGCCUCAGGCAUGUGAUGACCUCAGCAAAUGGACUGUGCUGUUGGGGUCCUCUCUGGUUUGCGGUCCACGAAUAGAGAAUAUUUCAUUCAUCAUAGAAGCUACAGGACACAGAGUGGUCUACCAUUCUCCUCACACAUCAAAUAAGAAAGUGCUAAAGUGGUCUGACUACUGUCUUCCUCUGGCCUGUAGCCCUGGACAACCGUUCAGGGCAGUGGCUCAGGCCAGUGUAGAUAACUUCAGUCGGUUGGGUGUGGCUUUUAUUGAAGAUCGCCUUCAGCUGGAUGAUGGACUUAUGCCUUCAAAAAUAAUCCCUGUCCUCCUUCAAGACUCCACUCUCAGUGAGCUGUUGAAGAAGCAGUGUCCACAGAGCCCAAAGAGUGCGACAUCAUUAUGUCUCUGCAGCACCCAGACAGAAGAGGGUGUCCUUGAGCCUUUUCCUCGUCACCUGUCAGCUGACCACCAGCAUCUACAGUGCCGUAAAGGCAGCCUCCUCCUCACCCCGGAAGUAAAGAGGAGGUUAGAGGAGCGACGAGGGUCAGAGCCGCUCCGCGGCACGAAGGAUCAGGAACCUGUUAGUGACCCGGAGGACCAUUCCUUGGGGAAUCAUCACCACAUGGAGGGCCAUAGACACCACCUCCAUCUGUCCAGCUGCCAUGAAUGUUUGGAGCUGGAGAACAGCACGAUCCUCUCUGUCAAAUAUGCUUCAGCUGAGAACAUUCCAGACCUUCCUGAUGAUAACUCAGUGGGGCUGGAUAGCGGAGAUGAGACUUUUGAUGAUGUUGGUCAUGAUGCCAAAGGGUCAUCUGGCCAAACGGGCAGAUUUGACUGUAAUAGCAAAUCGCCAAAUAUUCUGCUGUACACAGGUGGUUGUCAGGAGCGUUUUCAGGCAGUUUGUCAGCUUUUAUCAGAGUGUUUAAACAUGGAAAACAACGUAAUCUAUCCCCUCCAACCACAGCAGGCUCUGAGUGACCCUUGGCUGGACAGCACCAGGCUGUUGGUAGUGGCAGAGGAAGAGACCCUGACCCCCCAACUUCAGACCCGUUUUCUUACCUACCUGAGCCAGGGUGGCAGAGUCCUGGGGUUAGCCUCUACCCUUUGCCCAGCAGGCCUCUGUCUGGAAGUCAGAGAGAGGCGACGUGGGCAGGUCGGCAGGCUUAGCUUCACCAGGGAGGACAGCACAGAGCUGGAACUGAGCGUGUUGGCGACUGGGAAGGUCUACAUCAGGGAUACUCAAGGGGGAGGGGAGGUAGAGCUCUGGGGGGAGCUGAAAGGGGACGUCCCUCAUCAGAGAGAUAUGGUUGUGGUCAGGGUAACUCAUGGCGGGGACGGCGGGGAAGCUGUCCUCUGUCAGGUCCACCUGGAAAUUGCUCCUGACUCCCAGAAUUUGACAUCAGGGUCUUUUGAUGAACUGAAGGUCAGCAACACACUGCGAUAUGAAGUCCUGACAGAGAUCCUCACCUCUCUGGGCCUCAGAUGUGAGCCAAACCAGACUUCAGCCCCAAGCCCAGUCCACCUGUUGGCCACCUCUCAGGAGGCCAAGGCUAGCUUCUUGAACUGGCUACUGACACGAGCAGAUCAAAAUGGCCUCGUCACAUUGUCCAAGGCCUCCUUCAGAAUGGUGUCCUGCUCUGAGCUCCAGGAUGGUCCCUCGCUGCCUGAGGGCUCUCUGGCCCUGGUCACCAAUUCCUCAGAGUCCCAGAGCUGGGCGCAGUUCAGUAUGGAGACCUACAGCACGAACCUAAAGACCAGUCUACUGGGGCACACCCUGUUGUAUGCUGAGGUUGUCACGUCUACCAUGGAUCUGCUGCAAGGGCUGACUCUGCACUUACCAAAGGAUGUUGGUUUGAUAGCGGUAGCUUCUCGACAAAGCCAGGGUAGAGGUCGGGGCAGGAAUGCCUGGCUCAGCCCUUUGGGUUGUGCCAUGUUCUCUCUGAUGGUCCAGGUUGAGCUAAGUUCCAGGCUUGGACAGAGGAUUCCCUUCAUGCAGCAUCUGGCUGCUCUGGCAGUGGUGGAGGCUGUUCGCACACUUCCUGGAUACCAGGACAUAGACCUGAGGGUGAAAUGGCCCAACGACAUCUAUUACAGUAGCCUGAUGAAGCUUGGGGGAGUGCUGGUGACUUCCACUGUGAUAGGAUCAACCUUUCAUCUGCUCAUAGGCUGUGGGUUCAAUGUCACAAACAGCAACCCAACAGUGUGUAUUAAUGACCUGAUCCAGCAGUACAAUGUGCAGCAUAACUGCAACCUGCAGCCGCUCAGCUGUGCCCAGCUCAUUGCUCGAACUGUCAGCUGCCUGGAGGUCCUUAUCAACAGCUUCCAACAAGGAGGCCCAGAUGCUGUCCUGCCCACCUACUACAAGAGAUGGCUUCACAGCGGGACUCGGGUGCAUCUCUGGAGCGAGGAUGGACUGGAGGCUGAGGUUGUGGGUCUGGACCAAAACGGUUUCCUCAAAGUGCACAACAAGGAGCAGGGCGUGGUGUCAGUGGAGCCUGAUGGGAACUCUUUUGACAUGCUGAAGAACCUGGUGGUCAUCAAGCAGCAUUAGGACCAAAUUCAACAAAGUAGAGAAUCAUUCCCCUAACCCUGAUUUAACCAAAUGCGGAGUUAUUUAGUCUGGCAGAAAAUGUAUCUGUGUAACUAUAUAAAUGUAUGUAAGUAUAAUAAAAAGAUAGAAUAAUAUGUUUUCUAAUUGAUAAAUACAUAAUUAAAUUCGUUCCUGGUUAA